GUGGUUCUACCUGUUUCACCUGCUCUCCCACCCCAACUGUCUCAAAGAAGAGUCAGGCCGUGUGGAAUCUGCCUUUUAGACCAGCACAAGAAUGGAUUUAUAAACCUUUUCAGAAACUUGAGCGUCUGCUUUUCUCCUCCCAGUGGAUUUUAAGCUUGAGUAACACGUACACACUAAACACAGACUGACACAUUACAGCUAAGGUGAACAUGGGGACAGAUUUAACCUACAACUUUGUCUUCAAAGUGGUUUUAAUUGGGGAGUCAGGGGUUGGAAAAAGCAAUUUACUGUCAAGAUUUACCAAAAACGAGUUCAAUCAUGACAGCCGUACAACCAUUGGGGUGGAAUUCAGCACUCGCUCCAUUCAAGUGGAUAAUAUUACCAUCAAGGCCCAGAUCUGGGACACUGCAGGUCUAGAGCGCUACAGGGCUAUUACCUCAGCGUAUUACAGGGGAGCAGUGGGUGCAUUGCUGGUUUAUGACAUCACCAAGCACCUGACGUAUGAGAACGUUGAGCGAUGGCUGAAGGAACUGUACGACCACGCUGAUCCUCAUAUAGUAGUCAUGCUUGUGGGAAAUAAAAGUGACCUGGGAACUUUACGCACUGUACCAAAAGAGGAGGCUAAGGACUUUGCAGAGGCCAAAGGCUUAUUAUAUAUGGAGACUUCUGCUUUAGAGUCAACUAAUGUUGAAUCUGCAUUCCUUGAAGUUCUAACAGCAAUACACAUGAAAGUUGCUAGUAAAGAGGUCACCAGAGGUUCCAUCUGCGCCGUGACCCUGGGCCCGUCCAGCGAGUACAAGGAGGAGAGAAAGUCCUGCUGUAAAAGCACCUAAACAACAUCCAAUGUUAUCAAGAGCAAAGACAGUGAUUAUCAUCAUACCAUGGAGGUACUUCUUCAUACUUGGCCUUCAUUAGAUAAAAAAAAAUAUUUCCUUUUCCUUUAAAUCCUCACUUAUCUGGCUUACUCCGAGCAAUGUCUGAACUUUGUAUUUUGAGCACUUCUUGCCUUGUUUUUGCCUCUUCACGAUGACUCGCUUGGUUUAGUCCUCCUUUUGGAUAAAAGCGUCUGCUAAAUGACUAAAUGUAAAUGCAAUGAGUACAAUAGGGGGGUGACUAGGUGUUUUAGGGUUAAUAUUUUGUGGCUUGUUUUUUACUUUUAAACAUAAAACAAUUGGAACUGAUGAUGUACAUGAUGUGUUCUUAGAUUUUUAAUUACCACUAGACGUUAAUGUAAAUUACUCUUAUGUGUAAACCACAAAUGGGUUGUGUUGUAUUAUAAAACUAUUUAUGGUGUUUGAAUGAACAGAAAUAUAUUUUAGUACACAUGCACUUCAGGUCUGUAAAAUGUAGAUAAAAAAUAUUAAAAAGUUAAUAUGUUGGACUGAUCAAUUAGACAUUUCUCAUGGAAAGUAUGUGUGGUUUAUAGAUGAUUAAUAUUUGUGCAUUACAUUUUUGCUUUUUUAAACACGGAGAUCGGAGUUCUUGCCUGCAAAAAUAAUUUCAUAUUCAUUUAGAAAUGUGAAGAGCUUCACACUGCUGCAGACCACUUCAUCCCUGCACACUUCAUUUCCCAUAAUCCCUCCUGGCUCACACUCAUCUAAUCAUCACCUGUUUGUAUUCGCUUCAUCACUUCAUAGUAUUUAGUUCCUCCGUUUUCAGUCUUUGGUUGUUGUUCGUUUAUGGUAUGUUAUGCCUCUCUGCCUUUUUGUUUUAUAAAAUCCUAUUUAUAUUUGUAUCCAAUCUUCAAAUUCAUUACAUGAAUUGAAAUAGUACACUUUUUUAGUCAGGCACAAAAAGUUGCCGUUUCAAUAAAUAUAAGAUUUUAUGCUGGACUUAUUGUGUGACUUGCUCUAU